UUUUUUUAUACAUUCGCUGGUUCGAAAGACAAAAAAAAAAAAAAAAAGAAAACUUCUAUUAUUUUCUUUGCUUCUUUCCUUUAUAUCAUUACAACUCUCGACGAAUCAUUUCGAUUUUUCUUUUUUUUUUUUUAAAAAAAAAUAAUGUCACAGUCUAAUCAAUAUCAUCAAUACGAACAAACUUCUUCUUUUGGAACAUCGACACAAAGUACAAGUAGUGAUAUUAGUUAUCCACCGGAUUACGCAACUUUUAUGAACGAACCUUUACCACCUAUUCCCGGUCAAACAUCUAAUAUGAAAUAUCAUCCUCGUACUGCAGCAAUACAUAAUUUUACAGAUGAUGCCUUAGCAAUGAUGGACAAUUUAAACUACGACGACGCAGACGAUGGUUUAAUAGAAACGGAAUUAGAUUAUCGUAAAAGGGAAUCAUUGAUCAAUCAACUGAUUACGUCGGAACAAGCAUAUAAAAAGUCAUUGGAUUUGGUGGUCAGCAUAUUCUUAGCUCCAUUAAAAAAGGAUUCAAAACAAUCAUCAUUUAGUUUCCUAGGUUCUCGUAAAUUGGUUUGUACUGAACGUGAAAUAAAAUGGCUUUUUGGUAAUUUUGAAACUAUUGUUCAAAUUCAUGAUACUUUUCUUACUUCUCUGGAACAACGUCUAAGGAUUUGGGGUCCCACUCAGAUCUUGUCUGAUGUAUUUCAUUCUUUGUUUCCAAUGUUGGAAGCUUAUCAUGGGUACCUUAGUAAUUAUGAUAUUGCUAUGACAACGUAUGAACGAUUAACAAAGUAUCAACCAUUUAAAAAAUUCAUCGAUCAUGCGCAUAAAGAUCGUGCUUUGAAAGGCGCCACUUUACUAUCCUUACUUCAAAUUCCAGCUGGGUGUAUUCAUCGGUAUGAGAAACUGAUCAGUGGUAUAUCGGAAACUACCGCUAUGGAUCAUCCUGAUCAUCGUCAGUUAUUAUAUUGCAAACAAAAAAUUCAAACUUUUGCUUCUGGUAUUCUUCCAAGGGUGAAUGACGCUGAUAAUGUGGACCAAGUACUCAUGAUACAACAAGCAUUAGUAGGUGCACCAUUUGGAGUCAAGGCACAACGACGAUUAAUCUUGCAAGGUCAAUUAGCACGUGUAGUGAUGAAUGCCAAAUCUAUGGGAGAAGAACGCACUUACAUUCUCUUUUCCGAUCUUCUUGUCUUUGUCCGACCGAAACAAGAAGGUCAGCGUACAGUGUUGCAAUAUAAAGGUCAUAUUGGUCUUGAACGUGCUCGUGUACGUGCUUUACCUAAUGAAGAUGCGGCUGGUCAAGAAUAUUGUAUUGAAAUUGUUUCCUCUUUCCAAGGUGUGGAUAAUUUGAACUCGACUUUUAUGGGCUCCUCUACCACUCAUAUUCUACAUACACGUAGCUUGGAAGAACAAAAUACUUGGAUUCGGAAAUUGGAUAAAGUCAUUGCCCGUUUGGAUCGUGAAGCUACAAGAAAUAAAGGUAAAAAGGAUAUGAAUUAAGUAAGGAUUUCAUAAAAACAACACAAAAAAGAAGAAAAAAAAAACAGGUGAAUAGCGUUGUAUAUGUAUGUGUGACGAUGAUGAUCAUCAUCAUCUAUAUAUAUAUAUAUAUAUAUAUAUAUAUAUAUAUAU